AUAUUUAUUUAAUAAAAACAUUAAAACUUUAAAAUGCUUUAACAAAAUUUACAUAGCUGUAAACAAAAAAGAUUAUGUUAAAUUGUUCCCACUAUAGCUCAUGUAUCAAUGCUGUAUGGUCAUUUAAAUCUUGAAUUGUUUUUAAUUAUUGAUUGUUAAUGAUAUAAGACACUCACAAAUGGCUAGUGUUUCGGACGACGAGAUUAUCAAGAAGCGAUUGCUGAUUGAUGGAGAUGCUGGCAAUGAUGAAAAACGUCUCACUAACUUUCUUAGGAUGUUCAUUCGCUGGUGCAACAGUGACGACAGUCCCGAAGAGAGUCACAUCAGUGUACAACGAAUGUUGAUGACGCUUGCACAAAGUGACCACGCCAUUCAGAAGUCUGCACAGGUGUACAAGAUGAACCUCCUAGAGCAAGAGAAGUACAGCCAGCUCAAUCAGCAAAUAGGCAAUCAGAUACAAGAAGCUGAGCAGAAAAUCAUAGGAAGCAAGAAGGAGCUUCUAGAGGCCAAACAGAUCAGGAAAAACAGACAAGAAUAUGACACAAUGGCCAAGGAUAUACAGAAGCAUCCAGACAGACUGGGUACAACAAAGAAGUUGGAGCUGGUAGCAGAAGAACUGUCACAGCUCGAGGAAACCAAGAAAACCAUGGAACAGAAGUUGGACAUGAGACGUAAGCAGUUCCAUGUGCUGAUCUCGGCCAUUCAUGAGCUCCAGGCCAUGUUGGAAGAGGAGGAAGGGGGCAUGGUCCAAGAGGGAGAGACCGCCAAGCCAGACGAGAUGGACACCACGUGACUUUAGCACUGAAAUAUCCGUGGAAUGUAGCCUCAUGAAUGACUUAUAAAUUAGAAAUUAGCCUCGUUCUGGAAAAUUGGGCUUAAUUCAUGUGCUUUAAGUUCACUGUUAGCUUUUAUGGUAUUUUUAUGCUCCCCGAAAUAAAAUUUCGGCGGAGCAUAUAGUUGCCAGAUUGUCCUUCCUUCCUUCCAUCCUUCCUUCCUUACUUCUUUCCGUCACACUUUUGUUACCGUUUCUCAUAGCGCCUUCAAUACUUAACCGAUCUCUUUCAUAUUUGGCAUGUAGGUACCUUGCAUGGACCUCUACCUUUUGAUGAGGUUUGAGGUCACUGGGUUCAAGGUCAAGGUCACCGAGGCUAAUACUAGUAAUAGAUUUUCCGUCACGCUUUUGUUACAGUUCCUCAUAGGGCCUUCACUACUUUACCGAUCUCUUUCAUAUUAGGCAUGUAGGUACCUUGCAUGGACCUCUACCUUUUGAUGAGGUUUGAGGUCACUGGGUUCAAGGUCAAGUCACCAAGGCUAAUAAUAGAUUUUUUUAGGUGGUUAUUAACACAUAGAUUGACAAAGCGCAUCAUCGGGGAGCAUCCAUCGUUUCCAACGAUACUUGUUCUUUAAAGUUUCUUCUUGGUGAAAAUCCAGUUCAGGUGGAAAGUGUCAUCCUUGAUUAGCAGUUGUGGAGUGCACAAGCCAAUCUGAGAUUACACUUAUCACACAUGGAUUAAACCCCCUUUUCGCAGAGCAAGGCUCACAGUAGAAAUACAGUGUAGUGGAGCUUCAGACAGGGUCACAUCAUGUUGUUUGAAUUACUGGAGACCAGUGACCGCUGAACGUUUAAUAAGAUCUUUUUUAAAUCAAAUGUUUGAUUUUUUUUGUUAGAAGCAAUUUUCUUGAAGUUUAAUGUAGUCAUGGUGUUUGUGUUAAGAAAAUAUGUAUGGUUAUUUGUGUUUUUUGUUAGGGUACUGAAGGCGUCUCUAUUGAUUACUUAUUAUCUUGUAGGAUAUUAUACAACAAUUCAUGAGGUGUGUGUGACAAAAUGUGGAUACAACUUUAAUGUUUGUAAUUUCAUUGUAUAACUUUUUCAUUUGGUAAAACUUACAUUAUGUUGCUGUAACAUGUGCUGCAAACUUUGAAUUAGAAAUGCAUAGCUUUAUAGCUACUUAAAUUAUCUCUGUAAUAUUAAUUUCAUAUUAAAAUAUUAAAUACA